UGUUUGGAAUUGGAAAGACCACUUCCGUACGCAUACAUUUUCAAAUGGUAAUCCUACUGGAAGCAAAAUAACCACCCUAAAUUUCAUAAAUGAAGGUGAAGCGUCGAUGUUACUUGCCGGAUCAAGUGAUGGUAUAGUACGUAUUUAUCGUAAUUAUAGUUCUCCCACAACAUCAGAAUUGAUGACAUCAUGGCGUGCUUUGCCCGAGAUAUUACCAAAUAAUCCAAGAUGUGGUCUUGUUGCAGAAUGGCAACAAUCUCGAGGUACAUUAUUAGUUGGUGGGGAUGUCCGGUCGAUUAGAAUAUGGGAUGCAACCCGCGAAUUUACAAUGAGUAUUUUGCCAUCAAGAUCAGGAUGUUCCAUAACUCAUAUUACUAGUGAUUCAGGUGAUAUUAUAGUUGCCGGAUUUGCUGAUGGUGCAAUACGUAUGUAUGAUAGAAGAAUUCAGCCAAGGGAUUCAAUGAUAGCCACAAGUAAAGAACAUAGAAAUAUUAUAACGAAUGUGGUAUGGCAAAAGGGAGCUAGUCGUGAAUUGGUAUCAGGAAGUAAAUCCGGAGAAAUAAAGAUAUGGGAUAUUCGACAAAAUCGAUCAAAAUAUACCAUAACUAAUGAAGCAACAGUUUCCGAGAUGAAUGCAAUGGAUUUGCAUCAUGGAGCAGAUAUUGUAGCAGGAGUGUACUCAAAUCAAUUAAUUAAAGUCUGGAAUACAGCAUCGGGAGUGAAUCUCUCAUCAACACGAUAUAAUGCUGGAUUCCUGGGGUGGGGUGCACAAGUUAAUUCGGUAGCACUUGCUAAUCAUCAUAUGGUGAUGGCGGUUGGAGCUACAGAUAAUUAUUUAUCAAUAUAUGGAAUUUCUCACUAA